AUGGAAAGCAAACCCCGCCCAUUGUCUAUGCCGAUCAUGCCCCCGGUCCCUCGUACGCCGCCCCCUCUUUACAACGACAAGAAAGAAGACGAUGAUCCAUAUACCCAUGCCAUCCAGAAAUGGCAACAUCGACGGUCCUGUAUGAUUUUACCUCGAGAAGAAGAAGGUCGUGAAGAUUUACCUCCUUAUCAUUGUAGUGUUUAUAAAAUGGGCAAAGUGAAUGUGAAAAUAGAAUGGUUGGCCACCGGAAAAAAGUCUAAUCGGAGACCUUGGAGACGGUUUUAUAUUGAAUUAUGGGGAACAGUUUUACGAAUUUAUCCAUUGUCAUGGUUUUGGUCAACUAUUGGAAAGGAACCAAUAUAUACGAUUUCUUUGGGUGGUGCUGAGGCAACAAGAGCCAUUGAAUAUUUGAAACGACCGUUUGUAGUGCGAUUGACUGGUUGCAAUGGCAUGCAAUUAUUGAUUCAACUCUCUAAUCAUGUUGACAUGAUAUCUUGGAUUGAACAUUUACAAGCAGGUAUCAAUAUCUCAUUGGAUUUGGAGGAACGACCAAUGCCAAAAUUUUUAACUCUUCAACCAAGACGUGGACCUGAUACCGGGGUCUUAUGUGCAAGGAUGAUCGAGGUGGAACGAAGAAGAGAACAACGACGAAGAAAUCAACAAGAAACUUUGAUCUAA